UUGGAUAUUGGCUUGGACAGCAAUAUGUCUUGUAAGGAGAUCGAUAGUCUACAUAUUGGCGGGAAUAUGGCCCGGUCGGAUAAAUCCAUAUGGAGGCGUGGUCGCUUUGAUGAAUACAGUCGGCAUGAGGUGACAGUGAAGAGUCAGUCGUUUGACGUCAGUACGAAGAUCAAGUGUAUGAAGAAGGUGUAUGAUUUUGAAUACUGUAGUCUGAUGGGGAAUUACAAGAUGAUGAGGGAGAUCCUCUACCUGGCUCUGCUGCGACACCCCACCAUCGUCAACAUGCUAGGCUACUGUGUUCGUGGAGACCAGAUCUCCCCCGAGAUUCGGAAGAAAGGGCUGAUUGUUGUCACAGAGUUAGGCUCACCAUUGAGUCACCAUUCCCUUGUGUCAAUGCCAUGGCAGACCAAAGUUAUGUAUGCGCUCCAACUUGCCAAACUGCUGGAGUAUCUAGAAUCCAGCCCCAUCGGCAAUGUGGCGCUAGGGAAAAUCAGCAUGGAGGACUUCAUUGUUGUGAACAAUGGCUACUCACUUCGGCUUGUGGACCUCGACGACAUGAUGCCUCACGAGAAGUCCUGCAGCUCUGACAGUGACUGCCUCGAUGAUGGCAAAUCACUGGGUAUAAAAUGUGAUUCUGGUCGAUGUCAGGGGCUGAACAAGGCCUCCAACUUGUAUCGUCUGGGGAGUCUGAUGAUGGACCCCAUCCUCCGUAGCUCACCUGCCUCCCAGGCCCAGCGUGUGGACGACAUCCUCAACCGACUCAUCAACAACCAGAUCUCCGCCCAUGAACUCACCACUGUCCUCACUCAGAUCCAGGAACAAGCAGGCCUGCCCCAAGAGCCUCCAGCCCAGCACCACGAGCGCUACAAGCAGGAGCAGCCGGAGCGUAUUGUCCAGCGGGAGGAUGACCCCAACCUGAACAGACCCAGCAGAAACAAUCAGUUCCUGUAUGGCGACAACAACGUUGCUAAGACGAGGGAUCGAGCGUCACCUGGCGAGUACCUCCGCUAUGACCAGUCCAACUACCAGGGAAUAUACGACUUCCGGUGCGAGAACUCAAGGGUGACGUGGGGAUGUGUCCUCACGGCACGGAGCAUUCAGGAUGCACAGAACAUGUGUGAUGCCAACCCAGCAUGUGAAUCAAUCGUCAUCUACAGCUCACAGCCAGAGACUGAAAACCUGAUGACAAUAAUACUGAAGAACUCCAGCGCCUCCAACCCCCAGCUGUCUGCAGGAACCACGCUGUUCAUACGUCGGGAGGGUGCGGGGAAAACAAAACAGGUCAACAACGAUGAGCCUAACAACAAUCGACAGGACAACACUAUCAACAAUGACAAUAACGGUCAGAGCAAUAACCAGAACAACAAGAAUGGUGAUGAACAAAAAAAGGAGCAGUCACAUGACCAGAAUGAUGGCAGAGUGCCACCUGCUGGGCAGCAGCCUAUGUCACGUGACACAUGUGUUAAGCGAAGCUUUAUGAGCCAUGAGGAGGCUUACAAGAGUCGAGAGAGGAGGCUUAUGACACACCUGGGACUAAAAGGCUUCCGAGAGACUGACUGGUUCAGGGCCGUUGUGAGUGGGUCAGUGGCGUCUGUGUCUGGCAUCCUUCCAGCCACCGGGAACCAGCCCAAGGGUGGCAAGGCGGUGCUCAAGUUCAUCCCUAGUAGUGAGCAAAUGCCGGUGUCCAAGGCUCUGUUUAUUUCUGAGAGAGGCCCAGAACAAUUCCACAGCUCGUAUGCCAUCGUCUAUCAACUCGACAGAUUACUUGGGCUGUACCACACACCUCCUGCCUCCCUCAUGACCAACCUCCUGCAUAUGAAGAUCGCGUGGGUCAGCUGCGUCGUGCAGAAGUUCUCUACAGACUCCCAGUUCGAGACUUGUUUGCCAUCACCCUGGAGAAAGAUGGAACUGUUAAAGGUCUGUUCUCCGUCCCGAUGUCUGUUCUCCAUCCCGAUGCCAAAAGUGAUGAAACCAGAGGCCCUGACCUUAAAGCCCCUCAAGAGCCUGGUACCGAGCGUCACGAAGUUCACGAGGUUGAUGAAGAUGCAGUUGGAGUAUGUGUUCCUGUGGUGGCUGGCCAAGAUCUCCAAGGGCCCCAACUCCCACAUCGGCUACAAGGGUCAUUUGAUCCACUUUGAUGCGGACCUGGCGUUCCAAGACCCACUGACGGAUCUAACAGGUUACUUCUUCCACUGUCAGUUCCCCAACAUCGUGUACAAGACACUCAACUGUUUCCGCUGCCACUCCCCACAAGGCCAGCCUCAGUCGUCCUCUGUCUGCUCCCUGGGGCAGGAGGUCAUUAGCAGGGUGAAGAAGUCCGGAUUUUCUGUUCCUGAGCUUCAAGUCCGCAGCUACAAUGAGAACGAGUUUGCCAUAUUACUGAACGACGCCGCUACCGUGGCGCUGUCGAUUGUGGAUCAGUGUGUGCGAACGUUUGGCAAGGAAGAUGUGCUGUACUGAUUGGCUGCUGUGCUGGCAGUUUGAGUUGUAUGAAUGUGUUGAAAUAUGCUCCGUUACGAACUUCAUGGAAACAUGAAUAACAGAUCAUAUACUUGACGAUUUAGACAUGGGGGUUCAUAAUGGUUGUUGGAUCUGAAGUUCAGCAAUGUUUUGAAAACUAAAGUCAGAAGGAUAUUAUAUCAAGAUAGAUUCUUUCUAGUUUGAGGGAAGAGGACUCCAAAUAUUAUCGUCUUUAGUUUCGCAAAAAAACUGGAGCGGAUUAAAACUGAUAGGAAAUGGACACAGUUGACAGUUUUUGUCAUGUUCAAGCAGGACUAGCUAUGAACUCUCAGGGCAAGUCAAAUAAGUGUUAGAAACAUAGGGUUUAUUGUAAGUGGACAGCUCUUCAUGUCAUGUGAUGCUUGUUGCCAGUGUCCUGAGAUAUUCCUGGAAUAUUUCACCCAGAAGUGCCAGCCUGUACCAUUAGAAUUAAGUGUUACAUAUUUUCAAUUUGUGUACACAAUAUCAGCGGUAAUUUUGACACAAUCUGGCCCUUGCUGCAGCCAAUGUCAUUUUAAAUAGCAAUAAUGAAACAGCUGCUUAGCUGGAGAAGGUUCACACAUUAGGAGUUGUCGGGUCAUAGAUGGCAUUGUCACACUAUACAGCAAGUUAUGCCGGUAGUAAUUUCAUAUAAUUGAGUAACAUUACAAGUUCGAGAUCCCAGUAAGCCCUGAUAUUUUCUAAUUGCCUCAGUAUGGAGUUGGUAUCUGAGGACAAGCAGUUUUGUAUAAUCAUAGGGUACACUUGUACAUGAUCAACAAAUGUCGGAACAACAUUAAUUAUACUGAACACCUUCUGUUUACUGGAUUGUGUUUCAAUUCUCACCUUUCUGAUUAGUUCAUCUAUUAGAGUGCGCAAAUGGACAUAAUGCUGUUCAGUGUGAAGUUUGUAGCUGGUUUAGAGACAUCUUUAAACUGAAAAUAUCUGUAGUUUGGAGAGUCAUUAUUGUCUUAUAUGAGGAAUUACUUACCGUCAGUUUCAUGUUUUGUUUGGUUAGGCUAAAAAAACAAACUGUACAAUAAAGUUCUGUGCUGGAAG